GUUGGCGAUAAACGUCAACAUCGUGACGCACGGAGAUUAUCGACCAACCCCAAAACUGCAUUCGAGUCUGGCGCAUUAACUACCGUAUCCACCAUGAAUCAGGUCAAAGUGGGCGGUGCUUGCGCCCAACACGGCGGCGACGCUCCGCUUGCUCAUUACAGCGUCUGCCUGUUCACGUUUGCAUCACCCGCUUUUUCUCCUUCUCCAUAUAAAAAAUGGCUACUAUGGGAUAUCCUCCACGUACUGGACACUCCGUUUACGGAAACAACGUCCGAAGUGGCCAUAAAGGCUAUAACGUUAACUUAUAACUACCCCACAUCAACUGCGUACGCAGUUCUGGUCGAAAUGGAAGAGAAGACCACGUCGUCGUGGAUGAGACAACACCGUCACAAACAACGGUUAGUCGGUAACUUGCCUUACCAGACAACCGAGGAUGCAAUCGGUAAUCACUUCAGCCAAGCCGGUAAUGUAACCAAUGUUAGAAUUGUUUACGACCGUGAAACCGGCCGCACCAAGGGCUUCGGAUUCUGCGAGUUCUCUGAUGAGGCUGGAGCUCAAAACGCUGAAUGGUUCCGGACCUUUAAAUCUGUUGGCGCGCAAAAUUUGAAUGCUACGGCGCUGUCUUCGCCUUUACAACUGCUGUUCUGUUCGGAAUUUCACCAUGCCGAAGAGGAAAGCAAAAGUUCUGGUAAGACCACAUAUUUUGAAUCGAAAAAGAUAAAAAUCUCGGAGACCACGGAAUAUUCGCUGGAAUCUUCGAAAGAAAACGAAGUCCGUGGUGAUGAAGAAGAACGUGCGUGGAAAUUCUUCUGCUGGAACGUUGCAGGUCUACGAGCUUGUGCUAAGAGGAGAGGUCUAUCAUUCCAGAAGAAUGGUCACAAAUCGAUUUUGGCCGAGGAUGCCGAUGUGAUAUUUUUGGGAGAGACAAAGUGCAACGAGUGGCCGGUCGAUUUAGAAAGUGCGUUCAGAACGAAGGCGAGGAUAUCACCGGACUUUAUUAGUCUCGCAAAAGAACAAAGGCGGAUACGCCGGUGUUGCUUUGCUCAGCAAAAUAAAGCCGUUGAAGACUUGGCAAAUCCCGAUUCAAACAGGAAUAAGACCGCUGGUUUCACUGAUCAAGAGCGUGGAUGGUUCACACGAUUGCUCGGUGCAGGUUUCAAGGAUACAUACCGUGAGUUACAUGGAGACAAGCAGGAAUACACUUUCUGGUCUUACAUGGGAAACGCUCGUUCCAGGAACAUAGGAUGGAGGCUUGACUACUACGUAGUGAGUGACAGAAUUUUUGAAAAGGUGAAGAGCAGCGAAAUACGAACUGAUGUGAUGGGCAGCGAUCACGCUCCGGUCGUUCUAGAGAUCGACAUCUAA